AGGGUUUCUCUGUGUUGCCCUGCCUGUCCUUAAAUUCAGAGAUCCGCCUGCCUCUUGCCUUUCCCUGAGCCCACCUGGCCUAAGACUUGCUUUUUACGUUCCGGGUUCAACGCUGAGUCUACCUAUUAUCUUUCUGUGGCGAGAAUGCCGCUCGUCCCAGAGCCCUAUAUCGUUUAGUGUAUUAAAGAUGCUGUGUAAGUUCCUGCCAUGUCCGAGGUAGUGGCUUUACCUAACUUUCCACUUUCAAGUGUAAAAUAGAGUUAUAUGUUUAAGAAUUGCCGAGAAAAGAAGCUGAAGAAACAGGCUGGAAUUAAAACGUUUGCCCGCUGCAUUCCAAAGCCCUUGGACCCUUUUCUCCAUUGUGACACCAGUUGAAGAGAAAACAACAGUGUUGUAAGAGCCCGAAGUGCAUUCUCGCAGCGGAAGGGAAGAGCGGCAUCUGAGGCGCCCCCUGGUGGUCCGUCCGUCUUUUUCCCCUACGGAACUAAUACUCUGCGAGGCUCCUUUAAGACCUAAGACCGCCCCCUUUGCGGCGAGUGGAUCUCGGAGGCUGAUUGGAUGGGCGGUGGCCGGAGGUGGGGCGCUUCGGGCGGCAGAUUGGACCCUAUUGGCUGGAGGAGGACAGGACGUUUCCGGGAAUGUACGCGCUCCCGGGCUCCUCUCCGCAGCAUCCGGUGGCAGCCAGCCCCCUGGCUCCCCCUGCGGGUGGCUCGGCGGUGUGCACAGUCCGGCCUGCUGGCUGGCGGGUGCCGCGGCUCGGGAAGCAUGACGACCGAGACCUUCGUGAAGGAUAUCAAGCCCGGGCUCAAGAAUCUCAACCUUAUCUUCAUUGUGCUGGAGACAGGCCGGGUGACCAAGACAAAGGACGGGCACGAGGUUCGGACCUGUAAAGUGGCAGACAAAACGGGCAGCAUCAACAUCUCAGUAUGGGACGACGUGGGCAACCUAAUCCAACCUGGGGAUAUUAUCCGACUCACCAAAGGGUAUGCUUCAGUGUUCAAAGGUUGUCUGACACUAUACACUGGCCGUGGGGGCGAUCUGCAGAAGAUUGGAGAAUUCUGUAUGGUUUAUUCGGAAGUUCCUAAUUUCAGCGAGCCCAAUCCAGAAUAUAACACACAGCAGGCGCCCAACAAAUCGGUGCAGAAUGACAGCAGCCCUACUGCCCCACAAGCUACCACAGGACCCCCUGCUGCCUCUCCAGCUUCCGAGAGCCAGAAUGGGAAUGGACUGAGCACCCAGCCGGGUCCUGUUGGUGGUCCCCAUCCCUCUCACACCCCCUCACACCCCCCCAGCACCCGAAUCACUCGAAGCCAACCCAACCACACGCCUUCUGGCCCUCCUGGUCCCUCCAGCAACCCUGUCAGCAACGGCAAAGAAACCCGCAGAAGCAGCAAGAGAUAGCGAGAGAUGAAUCUUCUCCUCCCUCCCACCACAGCCAUGACCCCGGCAUCUCUUCCAGAGAACAAGACAGUCUUCUGUUAGGCUGCUGGCUUUGGGAUUGGAGGGUGAAGUUGCUGUGUUUUAGCCACUAAAUUUCCCUGGAGGGGUGGUAAGCAGUGGCCUUACCCACCUCAAACUCUCGCCCCCUCCACCCUUGUCCUGCUGAUGCUGUCUGUCCCCUGGGAUCCAGGGUCCGCUGCCUGCCCUCCUUUGGAAAAAGACAGUCUGGUUUUUGUGUGGGAUAUGAGGGUCUAACUGAAAUCCCUCCUUCCUAAUAAAUGUUCCCACUCGUU